AUGGCGGGAAAACAUUGGAAGUCUGCUAUUCACAGUAACUUGGAUAAUAACCCAUCCAGGAGGCCAAGGCGAAGGGAUUUCUCCAGAGAGCCUGAACUUCUUCAUGUUCAACGGUUGCAUCGACUCUAUGUGGGCCUCGCUUACUUUGCUCUCUGGUUCCUUAACCGGGAACGCUCAGCUGGAUUAACGUACUUAGAAAAAGCAGAAUCAAAACUAUCGGAAGUCGAGUCACUGAUUGAAUUUGGUCACAUCUGUGACGUUUUUCUUCAGCCGUUAAUUCAGAUUCGCUUCAACGAUAAUCGUGCAGGUGCUAUCCUUCCCCUGUUGGAAAAGUACGCCUCUCGUCAACCCUAUAAUCCAAACACUGACCGAUUCCUCGCCGAGUGGUACCUCCAUGCCGCCACCGGUAAAACUUCUUUCCCCGCCGAUCCCAGGGGAUUUCGCAGGGCUCUUAAAAAAUCGCUUACCCUUGAUGGCGAAUCCAUUCCACCUGUUCUCAAACAUCUUGUCUCCUUUUCUCUCCGACUUCUUCCCACUCCUGCUCCGUCAAAUUCGGUUCGAGGGGAUGAAAACUGGCACUUUAUAAUUGCGGAUAUUUGUUGCUCUUGCGGCUUCUUUACAGAGGCUUUGGAAAUUGUCUUCAAGUUGUUGGAUCACCCAUCAUGGUGUGGAUUUGAUCAGCCAUGGCGACUUUUACAGACUUGCGUCAGAAGUCUCGGUCUUUCCAGCGAUGUUGUGUCGAAAAUGUGGACACUGCGGGCUAGGACUUGGAAAACAUACAUAUUUAGCCAUCCAGAUCUCUCUCCUGAGGGUUCUUCUGCGAAAAAACUUCUUCAGCGUAUUCCACGCUUGAAAGGGGUCGAGUACCAAAUUGAUGACGGUUUUGGAUGCAUUAUUGAAGUGACUCCGCUGAAACCUUGGUCUUCAAAAUCCGAAGACUUUCUCCUCAAUCGAAAAGUUUACUUCCCUUACGAACGCGUCACAAUGUACAAACGCCUUCUAUCGACAAUUUCAACAAAAGCCGGCUCAUCAAACCCCGAAGAACUACCCGAGUUCAAGGAGUUUCAGGAGCUUCAUUGUAAACUCAGUGCAGCACAAAAGAAAGCUCUUGAAGACCUUCAAGCCUCCUCUCCUUGUGGUCAUUUGGUUCUGCCUAUGGAUUUGGAGGAGUCUUUCAUCCGCUACAUUCACCAGGAACAAUUGUCCCGUCUUUCAGACGGGGCUUAUGAGCUCGUUAGUAGUUUAAAGUUUAGCGCUGAAAGGGCUUCGACAGCGAAGUUGGUACAUCUCAUGUCGUUUGGGGACGAUCGUACUCUUGACACUUUUUCAUUGAAUGAGAAAACCCUCCCCAGAUCAAUGGAGACGAAUUCAGAAGCAAAUGAGAAGACUAUUGGAUUCAAAUAUUUGCAAAUUGCCCCUGAAGCAAACAUCAUCGUCAACGCGGAUGUUCUAGUUCGUGUGUUGCCCUACCUCAAAUCCAAUUCGAAGUGUUUUUUCCCCUUGGAUGUGGUUCCCUCUCCUUUGGACAAAAACAAACGGUCGGUCUUCCUGCACAAGCCCUUUCUUGGUGAACCGCUGCAAGACAACCGCUUGAGAGCACAAGAAUGCUAUACAGUGCUAUGCAAGCAAGCCUUUGUGAGCGCUUCUCCAACUGUAAAGGUGGCUGACACUACCACCGCUAGUGGAGACCGUUCCAGUUCUGAUGACGAAAUGGAAGGUGCUCUGGCCAUUGAUUCUCUCGCCACCCAAUCUGUUGAGGAGCUCUCACCCAAUUCCCACUCCGAGACCACAUCGAAAAACCUGCGAGCAGUUCUCGAGCGCUGUCAUGUUGUGGAGAAUGAUUCAGGCGCCAGUGGUAUGGAAGUCCUUCAAGAACCUGCUUCUCCAGAACCAUCGACGUCUCAAAUCGGCUCUCCUCCUCAUCAUUUCGAUGUUUCAUCUACUCCUCUUGAAACGGUACAUGCGGCACCAGAGAACAACCGACGUUGGAGUCUCUUCACACUCGGUCAUCUAAACAUUCUAGUUUCCUCAUGCGGUAUUCAGUUGUCGUCCAAAUCGUGUGCAUUUACUUCGGGCUGUCUAUUCUGGCCCAACUGUUCUGAGCUGUGGUCAGACGCGUCAAAAUCAGACAUCAAGAUAGCCCAUCUAGAGGUUAGACCGGAGUAUCUUCAACCAUGGGGCUGUGAAGAAUUGAUGGAGGCCGAGAUAUUCUCCUCUUGGCUUGGCGCUAAACUUUCCUCACCCCACUCACCGACCAUUCUGCGAUGUGAGUUUUCACUACUUCAUAUUUUAAGUGCUCUCUCUAAUGCGAACGAUUUUGAUGCUGAAAUGAGUCCCGGCACCCCCCUUAAUAAGCUAGCACAACAUUACAAAUACCCACCUAUGGCGACUCUCGGGAAUGAAUGUGUUGCUGAUGGUGGUGGAACCUCGAUCACCACAGCCGAGAGCACCUUUAACAACUGGACGUGUCUUCCUGCCAAUGAUCGAGGGUGA